AAAGUCAUGACAGCAGAUACUAAACAGUCCGUUGCCAACAAUCCUCAAGAGUUUGUCGAUGAAGACAUUGUCGCGUCUAAUGAGGAAGAAAAGAAUUAUAAGGGAAUAUGUAUUGCUAUUUGUGUUAUCGCUUGUAUUUGCUCUUUGAUUAUCACUUCAAUCAUACUAUUAACACCCGACGAUGAUCUCAAACGUGUUAAAUAUCCGCGACUUAAGAUCGAGGAAAUUGUUGCAAAUGUUUUUCAACCAAAAGAUUUUGAUGGCAUUUGGAUAUCUGAUAACGAGUUUGUAUAUACUGAUGAAAAUUCAAUAUUUUCCGUAUCAGCCGAUAAACAAUUUGUUUUAUUGACUCAUGACAUUCAAAAAGUUAGGGGUAAUCUUGAUCUCGAUUUUGCUGAGUUCGGCCCAAAAGGCAACCAAAUAGUUUAUAUUUAUCAAAACAAUAUAUAUUAUAAACGUUCAGUUAGUGAUAAUGGGAACGCCAUCAUAAAAACUGGUCAGCCGGGGAUUGUAUAUAAUGGAGUACCCGAUUGGUUGUAUGGCGAGCGCAUCUGGAAAAGCAAUCGCGCCCUUUGGUGGAACCCAUUGGGCACCGGAUUAUCCUUCGCUUCAUUUGAUGACAGUCUCGUCGAUUCAAUUACUUAUCUUAAAUAUGGUUCAUAUGAAAGCAAUAAUAAUCUGAUGCCUGAGAUUACAAGUCUUAAGUAUCCAAAGCCGGGAACAAUCAAUCCUUCUGUUUCCUUAUGGACUGUCGACUUAACAACACUGUCGUCACCUCAAAGACUAAUGCAAACAGAUAUGAUUGGUGAUCAUUAUCUGACAUCUGUUUCGUGGAUCGACAACAAUGUUUUGGCCACAGUUUGGAUGAACAGACAACAGAACUGUUCGCUAAUCAAUAUUUGCAGUCAAACUCCAAACUGGAUGUGCCGUAAGAAUUUUGAACAAUGUAUUGGAGAGAGAUCUAAGACAUGGAGUGAACUUUUUGAUAAGCCUUUGGUAACAUCCGAUAAAAAAAAUUAUUUGAUUGGUUUGCCCGUAAAAAAUAUUAAAUCACACAAAACAAGACAAAUAUCCUUAAUAUCAAUAGCGACAGGGAUUCAAAAGUCAAUUACUAUUGAAGAUAAUGAUGUGACACAAGUAUUAGCUUAUAGUGAGACAAAUCAAACAGUUUUUUAUGAGGCAUCGCUUGCAAGAAAUCCCUCACAAAAGCAUAUAUUUAGUAAAUCAAGAAUUUUUGCUAACGAAGCAAAAAAUGCCAUUUGUUUGACAUGCGAUCAAAUAGAUCGCAACUGCACUUAUCAAACGGCUAUUUUCAGUCCAAAUACUAAGUAUUUUAUGUUAAUAUGUCUGGGAAUGGGUAUUCCGUGGGUUGAAAUUAGAUCAGUAGCAGAAAAUAAGAUAUUAUUAAAUUUGGGAUCAGAGGAGAAGCUCAGGAAUUUAACGGAAUUCCGUGCGUUUCCACAGUUAAGGGUUUUUCAGGCAUCGGUCGACAACUUGCUCGCAAACAUUAAAUUAAUACUUCCUCCCGGUCUUCGAGAAAAUGAAGAAAUCAAAUUUCCAUUAGUCGUCCAAAUAGGUUCAGAGCCUGAAGAUCAGGACGUAAAGCAUAACUUUCACGUUGAUUGGGGAACUUAUUUGGCGAGUUCACGUGAUUUCAUAUACGCUUAUAUUGAUGUCAGAGUCAGAGAUCGAGGAAUCGGCGAUACCUUAUUACACGAUACGUGGCAUCGCAUUGGAGAUAUUGAAGUCAAUGAUUACAUGAAAAUCAUUGAAUAUCUGAAGCUUAGCUACAAAUACAUCGAUCCCUCACGUAUUGCUAUCUGGGGCUGGGCUUAUGGGGGAUAUAUAGCAGCUAUGAGUCUAAUUGAAGCAAAUCAGCAAACAUUCAAUUGUAGUUUAGCGGUGGCACCGAUCACUAACUGGCUUUAUUGGGAUUCAUUUACAUCUGAGCGCUAUUUUGGUUCACCAGACAUACAUAGAGUUAGCUAUGAGAGAGCAAAUCUCAUACAAAAAGCCGACAAAUUUAAACAAAAAAGAUUUUUUAUACUUCACGGCACUGCCGAUGAUGCCGUUCAUUUGGAACAUUCUUUCAAAUUAAUGAAAGCUCUAAACAGAGCCGGAGUUCUCUAUAGAUCUCAAAUAUAUCCGGACUCUAAUCAUUAUUUAGAAGACGUCAGACUUCAUGUCUACCGAUCACUUGAAACCUAUUUAGACGAAUGCUUUGGACUCGAAGACAGACUCAUUGAGGAAUCGCAUCACAAAAAGAAAUCCGAAGAGAAAUCCUAAUCAAGUGGUUAUCAUAUUC